CAGCCGCGGCCCGCCGGCGAAAGAGAGAGAGAGCGAGGCUUCGCUGUGCGCUGUGCACGCUGGAGAAGGGAAGGCUCGCCUCCUGCUGCUGCUGCUGCUGCCGUGGCUAGAAGUACGGCGUCAGGCCUGAGGGUGGGGGGAGGAAAAAGAAGAGAAAAAAGAAACACAGCGAGGGGUGGGGGGGUCGAAAAACGCUCCAGCCAGCGGCGAGUCGCCGUAGAGAGACCGCGUUGCGCGCGCGCGAGCCUAGCCGAGCUCGCGGACAAGCCCGGCGAGAGACACGGACGCGCCGGGGCGGCGUGCGUGGUCGUGUUUCUUUGCUUUGUUUCUGUUUCUCUCGCCCUUUCCUCCCCCCCGCCACCAGCACCGCGGAGUGCCUUGCUUCACUUUGAUUUUUUUGUUUCUUCUCCUUCCGAGUCUCUCGAUCGACUCCUCCCCUUUCGUUCUGCGCGACAUCGUCCGCGUCGACGACGACGGUUUGCUUGUGUGUCCCCGUCGUGUCCGAGGGAGAAGAGAAGCGCCGGCGGCAACGUGGUUCUCGCGCGCUACAUCGGGCCCGCGGCGUCGCGCGGCGGACCGGAGUCCUGGAGUGCCCCGCCGUAGCAGACGACGAGACAACGGCUGCGGCGGGUUCGCAGACGAUGUCGCCGAAAAAAUCGUCUGCUCCGAUCGUCUGCAGUGUCGUCGGUGUUGUGCGUGCCAGUGUGUGCUUCCGUUACUCGGUGGUGAGCUCCGGAGUGUGACAGCACCGCGUGUCAACGAGUGACAUCCGAGUGAUUCUCGUCGCGGAGGUGAUGUGCAGCAGCGCCGCGUGUGUUUGCGGCAACGAUUCGUGUUGUGAUCCUCUUACAGCCAGCGUGUCGUCGUUGUCGGUGUCGUUGUGUGCUGUGCUUUGCCGAGGCGGGAGAGAGAGAGAGGGUUGCAACGGCAUUUUUUCGUAGACACCCUUCCAUCCUUCUUCUCGAAGUCGUCCGCUAACGGGACACUCACACCAGUAACAACCCUUCGCUCGAUUCGUUCAACGUUCCUUUCUCCCGCAUUCGGAGGAGAAAAGCGGCGUAAGCGAAGUUGUGCCCACAAAUCUUGUGAACCCUCAGAGAAGCUGUCGUCCUGGUCCCGUUCUGCAAUCUCAAACAGUCGGCGACGACUGAAUAGCGUACGUCAGUUUUUAUCGCACGUGACAUACCGGUUGGGGCGGCCGGAAAAACACGAACGUGUUAGUAGCGUGCUCUGGGAGUCUUGCAAAAAGAAAGAAAAAAGAAACGUGCUAUACCCUAAUUGCUACCAUGCCGGCGUUCAUUUCUAUUUUACCUUUACCCUUUCCACCGCCGCUGUAGGAAAGAAAUCCUUUCCCGCCGAAACUUACAAAAGUAAAAGAAAAGGGCUGUCACUCAACUGGUGACAACCUCCUCCCGGACGCAAUCCGGAAGAAGGUUUUUUGUUUGCGCCGUACUUCGUAUGCUUUGUUUUUAUUUGGUCUUUUUCAAUCGGGCAAGUUCGCAAAGUGCGUAAUCCUGACUCGAAAACACGAAAUAAAUGUGACCGAGAACAGACGAUCAGACAAUUCGAACUAAUAUCGGGGACGUCACGUCGAGGGUGUCGAGGACCGACCGGAGUCUCGUAGACGACGACAACGUAAACAAAAGCGAAACAACGGAGAUUGCAUCGUCACGUCUGCGGCCAAAAGACCGAACCCUGAAUCUGACCUUGUGACGCGGCCGCGAAUUUCAACCACUCACGGCUCGCUGCCGGACAGACUUCGUCAUCAUCAUCGAUACUGCAAGUGAACGUGUAGUGAACGACGGUCGUCUGUCUGUCCAUUUCAACUGUCGGCGGCGACUUUGAUGUCAUCGUGACAGUGCGACAACUCUGCUGCGAUACGGCGAGUACUGCAGCCGCCGUGCCCGAGGAUUGGAUGUUCGCGCCGCGUUACCGACGAGAUCGUCGCGUGUGGACAGCGUCGACGGCUCGGUUCUUUCAUCGGCUUCGCCGGUGUUACGUGUCCAACGGUCGCCGACGGUGACAGCGGUUGCGGGCGUUGUGUGAAAAGCUUUCUUUUUUUUUUCGUUUCGUUUCUUUGUGAAGCGGAGUUUGAGGUCCUCUCGGCCCAGGUCUGAAGUGGCCACGGGCUCAGUUCGGCUGUCGCGCCCCGCGUGAACUGCUGUUUGACUCCGGGGUUGACGACGCCAAACUGGACAACGCCGAUGCCAUGUCACGGCGAAAACAGGACAAGCCCCAGCCGAGGAAGCGCUCGGUUACCGACGAUGACGACGCCUUUGUAUCCAAGGAUGCCGUCCUCAAAGCGUCGCCGACGCGCGAGGAUAAAAAGAAUGACACGUUCGUGCGGCUGUUCGAGGACGGCGAGACCAAGCCUCUGACAGUGAAAGAGGACACGAAAUUCGAACCCGAGCACUUGUUGCAGCAGCAAGACUUUCUUACGUGCGGCAUCUGCCAGAAGGAGUUCGCCCUCUCGGACAUCGUCCGCUUCAUCCAGCACAAGGUCCACUCGUGCAACAAGGAGAACUGCCUCCUCUUCGACGGGGCGCCGGGGGAAGACGACUUCGACGCCGACCGGCCGGACCUGCCCGUGGGCUCCGCCGCUGCCUCGGCCAACACCACCAACUCCGGCGUCGGCAACAACAACAACACCCCGACCUCGCGGCGAUGUCCCGGAUCCGGCUCGCAAGUGUCCGCGCUCUCCUCGCUCAAGAGGGCGCACCACCACGGGUCCAGCGGGGGCGCCGCCUCGGUGACGGCGGCGUCCGCGACGACCCCCCAUCACCACCACCACCACCGGCUGGCGCACAACAACAACAGCAUCGGUUCGGUCACCACCAACAACAGCAGCAACAGCAGCCACAGCCUCGACCUCGCCGACCGGCUCAAGGCGAGGGUGUCGUUAGAACCGCACGUGCACAAGUACGGCUCCUCGACGACGUCGGGCGGCGGUGGAGGCUUCGGCGCGGCGUCCAGGACCGGGAGCGGCGGAGGUCUGCUAGUCAACGACAGCAAUGGCGGCGGCGGAGGCGGUAUCGCGUCUCCGACGUCGCCGGCCGAAGGCCACGCGGUCGUGUCCGGGGUCGGACCCGGAGCUGGAGUCCCCCUGGUCAAGUCGCCCCCGGCGUCUUCGGUGUCGCCCGUUAGGAGGCCCGCCUCCACGGUCGACGUCGGGGUCAACACCAACUACACCG